GUCAUCUCUCUCUCCGCUAACCACCACAAUGUCCAAGACGUUCUCCCUAAAAAACAAGUCCCUCAAGCUCAAUACACGAGCAGACAUCGAGCCCUGGCUCAAGGAUGUCGACCCAACGACCAUUGAAGAAGUUCACCUCCAGGGCAAUACAAUCGGUGUUGAAGCCUCUCAAGCACUAGCUGAAUGGUUGUCAAAGGCCACGAACAUCAGAAUCGCCAACUUUGCAGACAUCUUCACCGGUCGUCUGAUAUCGGAGAUCCCUCAAGCUCUCGAGGCCAUCUGCAACGCCCUCGUCGACAAAACCUCUCUAGUCGAGAUCGAUCUCAGCGACAAUGCCUUUGGUGGACGCUCCGUAGACCCCAUGGUCCCUCUCCUCUCCAAAAACCGCCACUUCCAAAUCCUCAAACUCAACAACAACGGUCUCGGCCCAGCCGGAGGCGCAGUCAUCGCCAACGCCCUCCUCGAAUCUGCCAAACUCUCUAAAGCAGCGGGUCUCAAAUCCAACCUGCGUACCGUCAUUUGCGGUCGUAAUCGACUGGAGAAUGGAUCCGCGUCUGCUUGGGCAGAUGCAUUCGCGGAGCAUGAGGGGUUGGUCGAGGUGCGGAUGCCGCAGAACGGGAUCAGGAUGGAGGGUAUCUUGGAGCUUUCGAGGGGUCUCGCGAAGAAUCCCAACUUGGGAUACAUCGAUCUGCAGGAUAACGCGUUCUCGACGGAGGGCCAGUUGGAUGCUAUCGAAGCUUGGACAAAGGCCAUGGUAUCGUGGCCUGAAUUGCACACCCUCAACCUGUCGGAUUGUAUCUUGUCGACGGAAGGCGAAGUGCCGACUCUCCUCACGGCCAUCAUCGGAGGCUCGAACCCCAAGUUGAAAAACCUCUUGUUGCAAAACAACAACCUCGAGACUCGCACGUUCGAGGCUCUCGCCGGUGCCCUCUCGACGACGUUGAAGAACGUGAUGCGAAUGGAAUUGCAGUGGAACGAUGUUGAAGAUGAGGAUGAAUUUAUUGAGGAGAUUGGAUUGACCUUGAAGCAGCGUGGAGGCAGGCUUAUCGCGACGGACGAGGACGAAGAGGAGGAGGAAGCGGAGAAGGCUCGAGAACACGAGGCGGAAGAGGAGCCCAUCAUUGCUGCUGCCGAGAAGGAAGAGGCCAAGGAACCCACGAAGAAGGAGGAUGCUGCCGACGACCUUGACCAACUCGCUGCUAAACUCAGCAAGGUCGAGAUCAAGUAG